AUGCUGGCCAGGGGACUCCCCCCACGCGCAGUCCUGCUCAAAGGCUGCCAGCCCCUCCUGAGUGCCCCGCAGGAGGGACCAUGGCAUCCCAGGGUGCCAAUUGGAGGAGGAGCCAGCAGCAUCUGCACUCGAAGCCCUCGCCCCUACAGCGAGGUCCCUUCCCUUGGUGACAAUGGCUGGCUGAACCUGUACCAUUUCUGGAGGGAGAAGGGCAUGCACCGAAUCCACUACCACCAUAUCCAGAAUUUCCAGAAAUUUGGCCCCAUUUACAGGGAGAAGCUCGGCACUGCGGACUCGGUUUUUAUCAUCGACCCUGAAGAUGUGGCCAUUCUCUUUAAGUCUGAGGGUCCCAGCCCAGAACGCUACCUCAUCCCACCCUGGACUGCUUAUCACCAGCAUUACAAGAAACCCAUUGGGGUCCUGUUCAAGACCUCAGAAGACUGGAAGAAAGACCGGAUGACCCUGAACCAGGAGUUGAUGGCUCUGGAGACCAUAAAGAACUUCGUGCCCCUGCUGGAGACAGUGUCUCAGGACUUCGUCAGCCUCCUGCACAGGCGCAUCAAUCAGCAGGGCUUUGGGAAGUACUCAGGGGACAUCAGUGAUGACCUGUUCCGCUUUGCCUUUGAGUCCAUCACCUAUGUCGUAUUUGGGGAGCGCCUGGGAAUGCUGGAGGAGAAGGUGGACCAUGAGGCCCAGCGGUUCAUUGAUGCUGUAUACCAGAUGUUCCACACCAGCGUCCCCAUGCUCAGCUUCCCCCCAGAUCUGUUCCGCCUGUUCAGGACCAAGACCUGGAAGGACCACGCGGCUGCAUGGGACUUGAUUUUCAAUAAAGCUGAACAGUACACCCAGAACUUCUACUGGGACCUGAGACAAAAAAGAGUCUUCCAUAACUACCCCGGCAUCCUCUACUGCCUCCUGAAGAGUAACAAGCUGCCCUUUGAAGACGUCAAGGCCAACGUUACUGAGUUGCUGGCCGGCGGUGUCGACACGACGUCCAUGACACUGCAGUGGAGCAUGUAUGAGAUGGCCCGCAGCCUGAGGGUGCAGGAAGCACUGCGGGCAGAGGUCUUGGCUGCCCGGCGCCAGGCCAAGGGAGACAUACACAUGAUGCUCAAAUUGGUCCCGCUCCUCAAAGCCAGCAUCAAAGAGACACUGAGACUCCACCCUAUCUCCGUGACCGUGCAGAGAUAUCUUGCAAACGACGUGGUUAUUCAUGAUUACAAGAUUCCGGCCAAGACGUUGGUGCAGGUGGCCAUCUUUGCCAUGGGCCGGGACGCCACCUUCUUCUCCAACCCGGAGUGUUUUGACCCAACCCGAUGGCUGAACAAAGACAAGGAUGUCACCUACUUCCGGAACCUGGGCUUUGGCUGGGGUGCCCGGCAGUGUGUGGGCCGGCGCAUCGCUGAGCUCGAGAUGUUGCUCUUCCUCAUCCAUAUGCUGGAAAACUUCAAAAUUGAGAUCCAAGAUCUCAGGGACGUGGAAACGAAGUUCAGUCUCAUCCUGGUGCCUGACAAGCCCAUCUUCUUAACCUUCCGGCCCCUCGACAAGGACCUGCUCCAGGCAUGA